ACCAUGCAGAAAAUGAUAAAUACUCACCACUCUAUGGGUCUUAGAGCUAUAUAGUACUGAUAAUAAAAAAUGUAGUUUUGAAAUAAAUGGAAACCAUUCCAAAUCUGAUUCGACGUGUGUGGCUGUGUGGUACUCAUCACCGGAAAUGUCCUCAUCUAUAUCAGAUUCAUCUUCAGGAAAUGUAGGUUCAUCGACCUCGGAAAUAUCAGCAUCAGAUUCAUCUGCGUGGACAUGUUCAUGGUGUUGAUCUGUCAUGUUGUCAUCCUCAUGAUCCUGGACUGUGAAGACAGGCUGAUCUGUGCCUUCUGUAGGUAAGCCAUUAUUUGUUCCUAGUUGCCUAUGUCUGGACGAUGUUAGGUGUCUCACGAAGUUUGAUUUCUUGUCUGUCCCGUAGGUACAGUCUUCACAUUUAUAGGUGAUUUCUUUUUCUGUAAACUUAGAUGAUCGGUAGCGAGAAAACAUUGUUGACAUUCACGAAAUCAUUGUCAUUUAGGUGCUUGAAUGUUUAAUAUUAUUCGAGCGUGUUUUAAAACGUUCAACUGAGCGCGUGACGUCAUAUACAGACGACAACACUGCGCUGUCAAAAGAAUACAGAAAAGAACAGUUCUGUCAAAUUAAAUACUAUGUCAAACUAUCAGGAUAGUCAAGAGGAAGUAUGUGAGAACUCGCAAACUGAUUUGUUUGGCCAGGAUAAUAUGCCAUUGCUGAGGGCACCACCAGCAUGCAACAGUACCAGUCAUUGUGACUGUUGUGCUAAGAACACAAUUUUGUUAAAGGAGAUAUUGAAAGAAGUGAAGCAAUUGCAAGCUGGCAAAACAAAACUACCAUCGUUCUCUAUUCAAAAUUCUGCAGUUGAGAAACCGUUACAUGAAUAUUUGAAAGUCAGAUUUUCUAGGAAUCCCUUUCUAUCAGAUCCAGAUACUGAGUUAAAGAGUAAACUGUUAACCCUGAGAAGAAAAUAUGCCCCUGAUGCUGAUGCACAGGAAGUGCUCCGACAUGGGCUGAGGUUUGCAGCAAGAAAGAUGGUGGACUUUAGGUCCCAGACUAAGAAUAAGAUCCUAAGUCGCUCAGUCAAGAGUGAAGAUGUGGGCACGUUAGAUGUUGACAGCUUUGUUAAAUCUAUUUACGGGAAAUUUAUGCAGGAGCAGUCUGAGGAGACGUCUAACUUAGCAGUUGCCCUGAGAUCUUUUUGUCACGAAAAAAGACAACUCAGAACACAAAAUGGAGAACCUCUGGAGGAUUUUUGGAGGACCUUCAAGAGCUAUCUCCAAGAUAUUUGGACGAUAGCUCUGAGGACAAAUGGAGAAGGCUCAGUGAGAGGGAAGAGAAAAGAAUCGAGAGAUACAGAAAGUAAAUUUGAGACAAGACCAGACCAGACAAGAUGAUCAAGAACAUAUAUUCAAAAACUUUUUAAAGGAUUAUUGUGCAUUUUUAUAGUUUUUAUACUUGAGAUUAUCUGUAUUAAAUUACACCGAUUCCAAAAUUUGAAA